AUGCAGAAACAUGUGGCUAUGAAGCCGAAUGCAAUCUACCGUUCUUCUCAGGUUUCCUUCCCGCCCUUGACGCCCACAGCGUCCACCCUACCCUCGCCAUCAUCCAAUACUAUCUUAUCGGUCUCGCCUACAAUCAUCAGCCCUGACAUCGGCCAGCAACCACCACUACAGGCCGCAGGGUUGGCACCGUCGUCGGUCAUCAUCAAUAUCAGCGCAGGAUCUACAGGGAAGGGCAUAUUAAUUGGAAUCCUGUCGGCCUUCGGCUCAGCCGGUAUCGCAGUGCUCGUGCUUGCAAUCUUCUUUUUCUUCAGGUACACGAAUCGAGGAAGGAUAAUACUAGAUCGGAUUGGUAGGCCUGGUGAAUAUGACGAUGAGCAGGUAUUCGCAAGAGAAGAGGCAGAUGCUUUGGAAACCAUGGAUGAGCUGCAGAGGACCGAGUAUCUAAGAGCCAAAGCAUUUGUGCAGGCAAACCCACCAGAGACUCAAAUGACAGACAUAUCACUCUCACAGUUCCUUGCCAUCCAAGAAAAGGGAGUUUCAGCAUGGGAGUUCGAACCUGAAUUGGAGAUUGCCAAUUGUUUCGUUGAAGCCAGAACCGAGAUUGAGUUCUUCGAUUCUGUCUGUAGUGUGCAGAGUAAUCUGCCCGUACCAAAGCAGAACGAGGUCUACUACUGGGAAGCCAAAAUAUACGACAAGCCAGAAACAAGUCAAAUCAGCAUCGGCAUGACUACAAAGCCCUACCCUCUUUUCCGUUUACCCGGGUUCCACAAAUCCUCGGUAGCCUAUCUGUCGUCUGGACAUCGGCGAUAUAACCAGCCAUUUGCAGCAACGAACUACGGCCCACCCUACGUACAAGGCGACGUUGUAGGGGUUGGCUAUCGACCAAGAACUGGCACCAUUUUUUUCACCCGCAAUGGGAAGAAGCUCGAAGAUGUUGCACACGGACUGAAAUCCCAGAACUUUUUCCCAACCGUGGGGGCCAAUGGGCCUUGCACAGUGCACGUCAAUUUUGGUCAGAUGGGUUUCGUUUUCAUUGAGGCAAAUGUGAAAAAAUGGGGACUGGCACCAAUGACAGGAAGUCUUGCCCCACCGCCGCCGUACGGUAGCGAGCAGGGCAGCAUUCUUCUAGAAGCUGGUCGGGAUGGUGUCAGUCCCUCGCAACGAAACGAGCACGGUCACUCCAGAUCCAGGAGUGGGAUUACCCGAAUCGGGUUUCCAACCAGUCCUGGGCCUCAACGAUCACCAACUGACAUAUCUCUGUCGCACUUGGCGCGUAUACCUUCGAGUGAAGAUCCAGGAGAAGGGAGAAGCUCAGGUCGACACGAUGAAGCGGUUGAGAUUGAUGCUGGACCUUCUGAAAGCCAACAACCACCUGAGUACACAAGUCCUGAAGGUAGUCAGAAAAGCAGUGAAGAGGGCGGAGAAGACGCGCCAUUAGUGCGCAGAGGUGGCCAUCAACCUCCUAUACCCACCUAUGAUGCUGCUAUGGGAAAUGCUCCAGAUACCGAGUUUCAUGAUGAUACCAAUGAACAUUGA